UCAUUAUAGUUCGUAAUUUUAUGUUUAUACAAUGUAAACAAUCCAGAAUAUGGAUACUAGAAACGUUUGCACAAUCUUCAAAUGAUUACUUGCUCUAUUAAAUAUUAUAUGAUGUUAUAUUUUUGUUUUUGGAUUUUUGUUUGGUCAGUUGGUAAAUUCUAUCUACUUGCAAGUACAAAGACUAACACCCACCAACAUCAUAUGAAUCUGAACACCUUUGAAAACAUUUCUUCCCUAAACUUAUCAAAUUUGUUAAGCACGAAAGUAAGUAAAAAAAUUCAACUGCUUUCUCAAAAAAAAAUCAACUGUUGGAACUAUACAGUAUACACAAUCAAUGAGUCGCUAAUUAACCUCAGCGUAGUUAAUUGACCUCACAUAUCUAAUUAACUAUGUCAACUCACAUAUUGUCUACAUCUGCCGCUUGAUAAAUCAAUAUUUCAGAAUCUUUAACUACAAAUGGCUAUUUAAUCAAAUUAUAAAAGAACAAUAAAACUAAUAAUCCCGUGAUGGAUGGGUUCAAAGAGAAUAGUUCCACCUCUUGACUUUGAAUUCCCAGUGAGAACUAAUCUUAUAUACAUAUAUAGAAAUCGUAUAUAAAUCAUAUUAGCGCGUAGUGACAUUUUUUCCCAAUAUAGUUAAUAUAUAUGCUACAACUUGGUUAAUAGUCAAACCAAAACGCAUCACUACUCCCAUCCUGAAGAAGACUCACAAUCACAAGUCAUCUUACUAUCUUCACUAUAAAUGCUUUGAAACCCCUUAGCUUAAUAAGAAUCACAAAAACAAACAAAAUAAAAUCAUUUUACCUACAAUGGCUUCAAGAAAACCAUCGGUGAGGCACCCUAGCCACAACCAUCCAUUGCGCGGUCACAAAGCCCUAGCUGAAGAAGAGACCAUCUGCUCCGGCUGCGACCUAGACCUAAUAGGUGCAGCUUUCAAAUGCACAAAGUCAGAAUGUGAUUACUUCUUGCACAAGUCAUGUGUCGAUCUUCCACGUGAGACACGCCACAAGUCUCACCCUGAUCACCCUCUGACCCUGCUUUAUUCGCCACCGUACGAGUCCUCAACUUACGAGUGCAGCGCGUGCAGUGAGUAUGGAUCAGGGUUCGUUUACAACUGCUCUAUCUGCCAGUUUGAUUUACAUGUCGGGUGCAUAUCUAUGCCUGAGUCCGUGGAGCGUGAAGGACAUGAGCAUCCGCUAACGUUGCUUUACUGUUCUCCUUACACGAACGGUUUGAUCGUCAAGUGUGACGUAUGUCAAGAGACGGUUCCGGAUCAUCUAUGGUCUUAUUACUGCAAGGAAUGUGACUACGGCACGCAUUUACAUUCUUGUGAAGUAGAAGAAGUGGUGGAGCCAAAGAGAGGAGGAGGAAAGGCGAGUACAAGUGGUAAUAAAGGAGGAGGAAGAGGCUCGGCUGCUUCGGAGUUAGCUGCAAUGCUUGAAGCUCAAAGGGAGAUGGAUAGGAUGCAGAUUGAGUUGCAUAUGGAGAUGCAGAGAGCUAAGAUUGCGAAGAAAGCGAGAAAAGCUUGUCUCAAGUUGAUAUAAAAAUAUGAUAAAGUUGAAAACGUUUAUGUUUCUCUCGAGCUUUCUUGGAUUCUUGGAGCUCUGAAACUAUAUGAUUGUUGUUUUUCUUGUGUUUUGGUUCUUGUUUUUCAUUGAUUUGUUUUAUUUGCUAAUUUCAUGUUAUUUUCUUUUGAAUAAUUAUUAAUAAUCUGAAAUAAAAAGAUCUUUAACUAAAGCCGUUUGGUUUUAUUUAUUCUAAUCAUUAUAGGUCACCAUCUAAAUUUUUUUAUAAAAUGAAAAUGUUUGAAGAAAAGUAAUUAGUCAAAACUUAAUAUUAUAAUAUGCAAGUAAAUAGGAUAUUCCAAGGGGUUGAUUAGAUGGCAUUGACCUUCACAAACUAACUACAUUCCCUCUGUAUAAUCUAAAACCAAUUAUAAGAAAAAAGGUUUUGUCUCAUUUUCAAACAAAUAAAAAAUCCUCUAAUUUGUCUUUUAUACAGUUUAUUAAAUGACAUCAUAAAUACGAGAAGAAAAAAACCACCGAGUCAAAACCCACGUCAGCGAUCUAACGUAAUGAAAGAAUUACACUGAGAGACAGUUUUAAGUUUUUUAUAACACAAUAAGUCACUUUCAACUACCAGAACACUUUUUUCUAACUUUCUUUCUUUUUCGUUACGUUUGCUAGUUGAAACCAAAAUAAGCUGUAACUACUAGGUCCCACUUCUUCUUCUUUUCCUUGUUUUCUCUUUGCUCAAAUUUUUUUUUUACAGAUCAAAAAGACAUUGAAUUUGCAGAACGAGUUAUUACAAUGAAAAGAACUGAUCUUUAGUAACAAAAUAUAGACAAUUCCUCUCAUGAUUUCAAACAAGAAUUUCUUUUAUGAUGAACAAUCGUUCAUGAAAAUAGAACAAAAAGAGAAUCAAGAUCAUUUUUGGAGUGGUAAAAAACCUUUUGGUUUCUUCUCCAACGAACAAUUGUCGUUUCUUCUCUAACGGAAACUCCAUUGUCGGCGAC